GCGCAGGGAGGCUGGCCGGCCGGCGGGCGAGCAGGGAGCUCUCUGCGGGCUCAGUGCUGAUCCGCCGGCAGGCAGCCGGGCAUGCGAAGCGAUGGCCGCUGGCGGCUCUGAGGAGAAGACCUACCGCCGCUUCCUGGAGCUCUUCCUGGGCGAGUUCCGAGGGCCCUUCGGGGCAGAGCCAGCCCCCUCGCCCCCCGCCGCCGGGGCAGAAGGGGAAGGGGCAGCCGCUGGGGAGGCGGAGGAGAGCGACGCCGCGGACCCCCAGCCCCCCACCCCUCCGCCACCGCUGCCGCCGCUGCCUCGGCCGCUCUCCGAGCACAUCAUCGAGGAGGAGGUGGAGGGAGAGUGCCUGGACCUCUGCCUGCAGCAGCUCUACAAGUAUAAUUGCCCUUCAUUUUUGGCUGCUGCUUUAGCCAGAGCAACAUCAGAUGAAGUCCUUCAGAGUGAUCUUUCAGUGCACUACUUACCAAAGCAUGUGGAUAGUACAGAAGGCAUCAUACAGAUUGAGACAGUGAAGCUAGCCCGCUCAGUUUUCAGCAAACUCCACGAGAUCUGCAGCAGCUGGGUGAAAGACUUUCCACUGCAAAGGAGGCCCUACCGCUAUUAUGAGACAUCCAUCCAUGCCAUCAAAAACAUGCGCAGGAAGAUGGAAGACAAGCAUGUCUGCAUUCCUGACUUCAACAUGCUCUUCAACCUUGAGGACCAAGAGGAGCAAGCAUAUUUUGCAGUAUUUGAUGGUCAUGGAGGGGUGGAUGCUGCCAUCUAUGCCUCCAUCCAUCUCCAUGUGAAUUUGGUACAUCAGGAGAUGUUUCAACAUGACCCAGCGGAGGCACUUUGUAGAGCAUUCCGGGUGACAGAUGAACGCUUUGUUCAGAAAGCAGCCAGAGAGAGCCUACGGUGUGGCACCACUGGUGUGGUAACAUUCAUCCGAGGAAAUAUGCUGCAUGUAGCUUGGCUUGGUGACUCCCAGGUGAUGCUUGUGAGACAGGGCCAAGCUGUGGAACUAAUGAAGCCUCAUAAACCGGAUAGAGAGGAUGAGAAGAAGCGUAUUGAGGCCCUUGGAGGCUGCGUGGUCUGGUUUGGGGCCUGGAGAGUGAAUGGGAGUUUGUCUGUCUCCAGAUCUAUUGGGGAUGCUGAGCACAAGCCAUAUAUUUGUGGAGAUGCAGACUCCGCCUCCACUGUACUGGAUGGGUCUGAAGACUACCUCAUUUUAGCCUGCGAUGGCUUCUAUGACACAGUAAAUCCUGAUGAGGCAGUGAAGGUGGUGGCUGACCACCUGAAGGAGAAUAAUGGAGAUAGCAGCAUGGUGGCACACAAAUUAGUGGCAUCAGCACGGGAUGCUGGCUCCAGCGACAACAUCACUGUCAUUGUGGUAUUUCUCAGGGACAUGAAUACAGCAGUAAAUGUUAGUGAGGACUCAGACUGGACAGAGAACUCUUUUCAAGGAGGACAAGAAGAUAGUGGGGAAGAUAAAGAAAACCAUGGAGAUUGCAAACGGCCAUGGCCUCAACACCAGUGCUCAGCGCCUGCAGAUCUAGGGUAUGAUGGGCGAGUGGAUUCCUUCACUGAUAGAACUAGCUUGAGCAUAGGGUCCAAAAUUAACCUGUUUGAAGACCAACGCUAUUUAGACCUGAUGAAAACAGAAGCAAGCCAACCUCAGAAUGCCAAACAUUUGUUACCAGUUCAAGUGUUUAGCCCUGGCCUACCAAAGGGAGUCAAUAUGGUUAACGGCUCAACUGUAAAGAAUGAAACUCCAAAAAGCACCGCAUCUUCAGUGUCUGGACUGACAAAUCCAAGGGGAUAUUCUGCUUCUCUCAGUUUGAGUUCCACAGGGCAGCACAUUUACAGAAUGGAGGGUUUAUCUCCACACUUUUCUGGAUUGGAAAAGGAACAAUUCAGAUCCUUGGGGAAAAGAGUCCCUGCUUUCUCUCAUUUCCACUUCUAUAAUGCAAAGAGGCGACGUGGAGCCAGGCUCAAACCAAAGUUUCACACACAUCUCUUUGCUCACAAACCUUCCCAUACGGAAGGAUUAGGUCCAUCCUUACCUGUCCGAAGUGGCAGUAAAAUUAGGAUGUUGGUAAGAAGUUCUCUGUGGUGGAGGAUGAAUAGUCACAAAGUUUAUGGUGAGAAUAUGCUCUUGAGUCGAAGACAGAGUAAUUGUACACCAGAUCCAUACCUUUAUCAGAGCUGCAAAAUAUAACCAUCCUCCUUGUAUCCCCCCUUUAGGCAACUAGUUUAGUCAAUCCCAGAAUAAAAAUGGCAUCAAAAAAUCAAAAGGUGAGCAUUUCAGAACUGUGUUAUGGUUCCCUGUAAAACUCAGCUCAGAUGUAAAUAGACCAAGGAAUUAAAAAAAAUAGUUUGUCACAAUAAAACUGCUGGUGGUGCCACUCUAAGUACACCCCCACAAACACAUGCACGUAAGUAUCUAUAUUCUCAUUCACUAGACAAGCUGGUUAGUUGGCUCAGGUGAAUAGACACAGUUAGAAACCAUUGAAAAAAAUUGCAGCUGAGAAUAAAGUUGAACCUGCCUGAGAUACGUCUAUGGAGCAAUAUUUUUAGAAAGCUAUCCUGUUUUAGAAUGCUGAAUUUUGUAAAGGGUGGGGGGAGAGUUUCAUAGAAGUCCAGGUGGUGUUUUUUUCUUAUUUUCCUUUGUUUUAGACUAAUAUUAAGAGAAAUCUAUAGAAAACCAUCCACUUUGCAGGUAAAAGACUAAAAGCCAUACAGGGUAUUAACAGGUAAUUUAGGAAUGGAGAGACUCAUGCUGUAAAAUCUACUCUGUUCUCAGACUCAGAUUAAGGUACAUACAAUUAAUUUAGCUAUUAUUUCCUGUAACAUAUAAUGUGGAAUAUGAAAAAAAGUGUUUUUGUAUUUUUUAAAAAAAUAUUCCCCGUGGCUAGAGAUUUAGUAUGUGGGGAUUUCAUAACUUUUUGGUGCUUUUAGUGGCAUUUUUAUUUGUCAGUUUAGGAGGCUGUUGUCAACUGGCUUUAAUCUAACAGAACUGUGGUUAAUUGCUAGGAGAACAUCAUCACACCUUCAUCUCAGGUGUUGAAAGAAACUGAAUCUGAGAUGCUGUCCAGGUACAAUAUGCUGUCACUAAACUGAUCAAACUGUAGAACUACUUGUUAAGAAUAAUAAACAAUUUGAUCAGGAUUUUGUUUUAGGUUAGUUUCUAGACUGCAAGGGCAUAUUUAAAAUAAAGUGGAAGUUUUUAGGGAUGAUAAUAUGCUGGAGUGAGUGUGACACUACUUCUGAAUUCUUGUUAUUCCCGAUUCAGAAAAUGGAUGUGAGACUGCUAUAUUAACCCGAAGUGAAUGGAAAUGCUGUGGAUGUAGAUGAUUGAGGGUGGUUGCUUUGCUUAGCUGAGAUCAUAAAACGCACUGACAAUCCAGAGCUCUGCUCCAACAAAUUUAGAUUUGCAGAGAAAGAUGAAAAAUGUGGGUUGCCCAUUUGCUUAUCCCAUUAUUUAAAAAAAAAAACCCCAACUAACCUAUCCUUGAGAUGUCUUACUCUUAAAGGAAUAGUUAAUUAGAACACAAAAGUAAUUUAAAACUGUUCCAGUUGAAUGUAUCAGACAACAUAUUAGGCCUCCUGCCACGAUUAUUUGCCACAAUAACUAAGUAUGGGAAUACUCAUUUGGCACUGGUAUGAAUAUAAAAUGUAAUUCUCCAACGGCAUUUAAUUUUAGCAUGAUUUAAUAUACCACUCAGUCUUAGCAGUAACACUUUAAAAAUCAGCCUUACAGUUAGCUAGAAUUUGUUAAAAUAUUUAAAUAAGUAGUCAGGAGAGUCUAAAUUAUUUGAAACCAUAAGACUUGAACUUUACUGAUCUCAGCUUGCUCUUUGAGUCAGUCUUUUAAAAGUCGUUUGAUGAAAUAGUAAAAAGCUGUAAGCAAACAGGAGUUGAAGUGUGGUUUUAGAUUCCUGUAAUUAUUUUGCAGUUUUUUUAAACCACAAAUAUAAUUGAGUCAUUGGUUCUUACAUUUGUCAUCUUUCAAAGCCUUAGAUGUUGUUAACAUUCUCUUCAGAUGUAUUGUAUGUUUCUAAUCAAAUUUACUAAGGAAAUUGAGAAACCACCGAAUACUAAAGUAUGCAAUUUUGGGCAUCUUGCUGUUGCCUUUUCCUUGUUUAAACUUCUCACACUAAUAUAGAAGAUGCAUUAAAAGUCUCUUCUGUUUGAUAGUUGUACUUUUACUGGAAGGUGAUGUAAGUGCAAUUCUUUGUCUAAGUAAAUAUGUCAAGAUAAAGUUAUGGAUGAUAGAACUUUCCAAUGUGCAAGACUGGUUGAAAAAUACUGGAGUGAGUGUAUGCUCUCUUGUCAAGAGUGUAGUUCUUUAGGUGUGGAUUCAUAAAUGAUCAUUCUGCUUCUCAGACCAUUUAGGAGGGAAAUUGCCAUCACAGUUCCUGCGUGGUCCAGUGCAAAAUAUUGUAUAAAUAGCAAGUGUUCAUUUUUUCACUAUAUUCAUGUAGAGUAGAUAGGAACCAUUUGUAAGGUAAGUCUUUUAAACUUCUAUAAUACAUAUAAAAGUAGUGGUUAUUGGUCUGAUAUAUGCUGCUCUUGAUUCUACACACUAGACAAAAGAGCAGUGCUUUGUGAAAUGCAAUGUUUUCUCUUAAUGCCACUGGUGAUAGGAAGUAGUUCUCUUCAGUUCAAAAUCCUGUGCCCUUAUUUGCUGCUUGCUAAUGUAAGCAAUAAGUUCCCCUCUAACUAAUGGUAUUUAAAUGUUCUGUAUCUUGUAUUUUGAUCGUCUAUCUGGUGAUAAUGUAAAAAAAAAAUUAGACAAAUAUAAAAGUAUCUCUAUAAAUGUAUUUAUUAACUGUUAAUUCUAAGAUUCAGUCUGACACUUGUGUUUUGUAACUUUAUUGUGUAUCUUAGUAGUGGUGAAAUUUGUAUAACCUUUCCAAUAAAGAGCUGAAGUAUCCCUUUUUCAAGUUAACACAAUCUGCAUCAGUUUCAGUUUACCUAUUAAACAUGUUUUGCAGGAAUAAAAGGUAGGUAGUGAAAAUAAAAUAUUGUGUUGGUUUUGAGAAAUGGACUUCAGGCUUUUUGUCUGAAGCUGUUCAGAACUCACUGGUAUGCUAUUCACUGUGAGUUUUAAAGGGAUUAAUUUAAUCCCCCCUCUAAUAGUUUCCAGUGUACACUUUUUAAAUGUGCAACUCUUGAGGAAUGUCUGCUGUUGCAGAGAGCAGUAUAGCACCAGACCAGGGAGCUGUUAACCCAUUUCAAUUUGCACUAAAGGUGUGGAAACAUGUAAAUAACUUUUCUUUACCUAAAAGUGCCAUCAAUUGUCCUUGCAAGUUAAAAUAAUUCACUAUUUAUUUAGUUUAGUCUGCAGUGUAACAUUUAAGGACAAUGUCAAAGCAGAUUUUAACUUAUACCACAUUUACAGUGGUACAUUGUCAAACUCUGCUCCAUUUUUGGAACACGGUCUGUGAAAAAUGCAUUGUGUUAUGGACAGAUAAACAUGAGGUACAAGAAAUUCAGUGUUUACAGAUAUGACUGCUGUAGUUCAAGUCCACUAUGCUAUCCUACCUACCACUGGGUAAUUCUUACUCUAGCAGUGUCCUGCUGUAGCACUGAGAAAGAUUGAUCUAAAUUAGUGGCUGUUUUAGCACAGUGUAUUCACUCAUUCAACACUAGUCACAUAGACAAAGCCAUUAAAGGGGAUACUACAGCUUUGUUCAUGCCUACAAUUUAGGACAAUCUUUCUUUGGAUCAUAACUCUGCAACAGCAAAUAAAACUUUCUACCCUUAUAGCAUGCAAUAAAUAACAGUGAAGCAUAAAUGCAACCUCUAACGUAAAUGUUCAUGUCCUUUUCCAGUCAUUGUUAACCAGGCUUAAAGCACUGUAGCUGCCAGCAUUAAAACAUCAGAGAAACCCCCCACUUCAAAGACUUAAUUCAAGUAUUUACAAGUUGACUGCAUUUGUUUUCUUUUACUUACAUCUUUCUUUGCUGCAUUUCUUUACCUUUAAAUUAGAAGAAACUGAAACAGGACUAGGGAAAGUUGGCAGAGAUUGAUCCUGUUUUCUUAAAGUAGUAACUUGUUUUUAGAACUCCAGGUGUGGUGCCAGCUCCUACAUUGGGUGCUUCUGUUGAGAGAUACUUGUUCUCUAUGAAGUGAUUAAAUUAAUCAUUUUUAUGCUACAGUGUUCGGAUCUUUCCAUUUGCAACCUUGUUCUACAGCUCAUGAGGUCAGUUGUAAUCCAUGUAACAGUCAUCCAUAUUUUAUUUAAGUGUUUACGGAUAAGGACUAUGUUGAAAUUUUAUCAAUAUCUUAAUAAAACAAUUUAAAACAUU